AUGUCCGCCGCGCCCGCGCCGUCCGCCCUCGGGCAAGCGCUGGAGAAAGCGAUAUGGGAACUGCACCAACUCGAGAAAAUCAUCGAACUCGGCGCGCCGAGCGACGAGCGAGUGAUCGAGAAGAUUGAAGACUUUGCGCAGACGCUCCCGGCGCUGCGCGAGGCGGCAGAAAAAUGCGACGACGUGGAGAUCCCCGUCGAGCUCUUGCGCGACGUGGAUCAGGGAAAGAAACCGAUGGGGUUCAUGAUCAAUCAGAUACUCGCCGCGGGGACGGUGAACGAGACGGUGAAAGGAAAAGCGAACGUGUAUAGGGAAUUCGCAGAGGCGUUGAAGGGAAAGCUCGACGGCGGAGAAAAGAAGGCAGGGGCGAAGAGAGGGAAAAAGUAG